AUGAUAAUACCAGCAAAACUGAGAAAACAAAUGAUUGCAAAGCUUCAUGUAAGUCAUCAAGGUAUUGAAAAAACCAAGAGACUUGCGCGAGAUAUUAUGUUCUGGCCUGGUAUGAAUGCACAAAUAGCGGAUACAGUGAGCAGGUGUGAGAUUUGUCUAACACACAGAAAUCGAAAUGCAAAAAAAACCAUAGGACACGACAUACCAACACGUCCAUGGCAAAAAGUCGGAAUGGAUUUAUUUGAACUGUACGCAAAAGACUAUCUAUUGAUAGUUGAUUACUAUUCAGGAUACUUUGAAAUAAAUCAGUUGACAAGUACAAAAUCCAAUUCAGUCAUCAAAUUCUGUAAGCAACAAUUUGCGAGACAUGGAAUCCCAAGUGAGGUAGUGUCAGACAAUGGACCGCAAUUUUCAUCAACGGAGUUUAAGGCUUUCAGUAAAUCAUAUGAAUUUGAACAUAUUUUAGUGUCACCAAAUUACCCGCAAUCAAAUGGAAGAGCUGAAAGGCAGUACAAACAGCAAAGUUGA